AUUAGUAUGCAAAAGAUGAAGGCUUCGAUGACGACGACGGCGACGACCCUGCGAGUCAGUUAGUAGAAUACGCAUGCGGGUCCGAAAACUAGUUGCAGUUUACGGAUGUAGGCAUACAAGCGGAGAGAAGGCAGCAAGGCAGUAAAACAGACACAAGUUUGACAACCAACAAACUGACAUUUUAUUUAUCCAUUUUUCGUCGUUGUCAGUUUUUCGACGAAAACAAUUCGUUUUCUUGUUUUCAUGUGAUUUUGGAGAAUGGCGAAGAUUUACGAACCGGUCGGUAAUCUACUGAGAGAUGUAGAAAAGUUUCUUGUGGAAACAUUAAAAAAUGAGAAUCUCAGUAGCAGCACAAACAAAAGCCGGAACUUACUUUUGGAAAAGUUAAAUAAUUUGAAGCAAGAAUACCCUCAGCUUCAAAUUGAUGUUGUUCCACCAGUAGGAACCAGUCCAAAAAGUGUGCCGAAAUCAAGUAGCAGUGUUGGUUUGUCAGAAGAUAGCAGAGAUGAGUCUUCAUUUACUGGGGGAAGUACAAAUACGGAGGAAGAUGAAGUUGGAUAUUCAGACUCAAUUCCCUUCAUAGCUGCCACAGACAUUGUAAAUCCUACCAAAACCGGUGUUUUAGAAAAGAAACGCAGAAAAGAAAAUGUACUGCUUUUCAAGUCCUAUCAAAAGCGCUGGUGUGUUCUCAAGGAUAAUAUUUUAUACUAUUAUGAUAAACAGUCAGAUAAACGUCAAUUGGGUGCUUUUAUCCUCAAGGAUUAUGAAGUAAGAACAAAUCCAAAUGUGGUAAAAGAAGCGAGCAAAAAGGAGCUGAGUUUUGAACUUGUGUCUCCGGGAAAACGAUCUUAUCUGUUUGUGGCUCCAUCCAAAGAAGAACUGGCUGACUGGAAGUCUUCCAUUGAAAAUGCUGCUUUGAAUAUGAUGACAAGUUCAAUGAUGGAUGAUCAAGAUGGGGAGAGCAUUUAUGAAGAAUUUGAUGAAAUCAUGCCUAUUAAUGGACGGCCAUCCAUUGCUGAAGAGGUAUAUGAUGAUAACUUAAACUGUCUGCCAGAUGAUUCUGAACUAACACCAAUCAAGAAAGCUGAGUUGCCUCCUAUCCCAGGGUCACCGAAGCACUUGCUUCUCAAAUCUAAUAUGUCUCCUCCUCCUCCAGCUCUGCCAGAAAGAAAUCCUCCAACUGUCCGCCCCACUGAACCAGCUGCCUCUGAUGAUGGUCUGAUAGGAGAAGUGUAUGAUGAUAUUGGCACUGAUGUACAGAAGUUCCUUCGAAACACCAAAGUGGAAAUAAAGCCAGAUGAUUAUGAGAACAUCUAUUACAGCCUUUGGGAUUGUGUAGCAGAUGACAGCACUGAGCUUGCUUUUAAAGAAGGAGAUCUGAUCAGGAUUCUGAAUAAAGAAUAUGAUAAGCAAUCUUGGUGGAUUGGAAUGCUUGAUGGCCAGAUUGGUCUGGUGCCAAAGACAUUUCUCACAAAUGCCUAUGAGUUAGUUGCAUGAAGAUUUGAUAUGCUAGUAGAAGAGAUGUAACCAUUAACAAAGCUAUUUCUCAUUAUUUGUGUUUGUUGUACUAUGCCAUUUCUCAACAAAAGAAUGAUUUUAUUUUCUUUUUAUUUUGAAAAGAAAUCUGUUAUUGUAUUCUAAAAUAAUUGUAUUAUCUAUGUUAUCAUUGCUAAUGACAUCAUUUUAAUCAUCAUCAUCAUCAUUACCAUCAUCAUCAUCUUCAUCAUCACAAUCACUUAAUGAUAAAGACUCUGUGUUUUUCUAUCAAUGAACUGUAUUAUAAAAUCAUUUAUAUCUCACAAAAUAGUUCUUAUUUUAUUCAUUUGUAAUAGGUUUAAUUUGAGUCUUUAACGCUUUUCUUUCCUUUUUUUUUCAUCUAUAAAUGAAAAAAAAAAACAACCCCUAAUAACUUUGGUUUGGAAAGCAACCUGCUCUUUUUCUCUAUUUUCUUUUAUGUUUAUCUAUAAAAUAGGAAAAGAAAAACAAAGUUGUCACAGAUAACUGAAUAAUUACUGCGUCUCUGUCAUGAUGUUUUAUAAAUGCUGGCAAAUGUGGUAUAAACAAAAUAGGUUUCUAGAUGAAAUACAAAAUCUAUGAUUUUUUUUUACUCUAUUCUAUGUGAAUCAAUUGCCUUCACUCUUGCUUUAUAGUUCCAAAUGAUGUGUAAAGAUAAUUAUUUUUGUUUUAUUAUUUUUAUUGAUUAAAAAUGCUAUGUAAAAGAAAAAAUAUAAUAUACAUGUUAAUCUCAUCCUGAUGAUUAAUAUAUGAUCUGA